AGUCAACAAAAAUUUCGCAUGGCUUAAAGUUUAAUAGUAUAUAAGAAUACGGUUUUGUAAUUUACGAUGUACAUUUGAAAUAUCUUGAUGUCUUGAUGGUUUUGGAUUCAGGAAAGGGCAUGCUUAGAAGAGAUAAAGCAAAUUCGACGUUCAAUGUGACGUAUGAAGUUAAAGCAAAUUAGACAUCAUGAAUCAAGCUGUCCAAAAGAAUUACCAAAUAGUGGAACUAACUAUCUAAAUAAUAUUGAGGAACAUGUACACAUAUGGGACGCAAAGUGACAUGAAAUGCUAAUAGAUCCAAGCACUGACAACAAUAUGUUAAUUUAUAGGUUAUCUAAGAUGGCAUCGCGAUGCAAAAAGAUGUAUAAGAAAAUAUUUGCCGUACUCAUAAUUUUAGCAUCGUGCUUUGCUUUAUAUAGAACGAUCUUCAGAUCUCAAGAACAUAUCAAUAAUUUCGUUAUUCCUGGUCCCCAAGGAUCAAUUCGAAGUACGGGGGCAAAAGACCUUGAGAUAUGGAUAGGUGGUCGUGUUUCAUUGCGCUCUAUGUACAAUGGUAGGUUCCUCAGUGUACAAGGUCCAGCCACAGACUGCAAAGUUGUACUAGCGGACCAGCUGAAUGGGGACCAAGAGAUUGUUUUGGAUGUCAGAGAGAACGAUGUGGUUGGAGUCUUGAACUAUACAGAGACCGUCUACCUGGAGAGUCGGAAUGGAAAUCACAUAAAUGUGG